AAAAAAAUGGACAAAUUGUAUAUUGGCAUACGAGCUGAAGAUAAAUCAUAUAUGGAAAGAAGAACACCUAUUCCCCCACAUGAUUGCAAGUAUAUAAUGGAAAAAGUAAGUUAAUUUAAAAUAUUGUAAGCAUAAUCGAAUUUAAAUAGUUGUGUAGCCUUCUACUAAGAGAAUAUUUACAGAUGAUCAAUACAUAAAGGUGGGAUGCUUAGUUUAAGAAGAUUUAUCAAUAUGCAGAGCAAUAAUUUGUAUAAAAGAAAUUCCGCUAGAUAAAUAUAUUGAAGGAAUGACUUAUUUAAAUUGGUCACAUACUUUAGAAGCAGAACCAUACAAUAUGCCAGCAUUGGAUGUGAUGCUUAAGAAAAAUAUUAGGCAUUUAGAGUAUGAACGAAUUUAUGAUGAUAACGUAAACAAAAAAAUAUAUUAGAUUAGGGUGUUAACAUAACUUCAUUUCCUUAUGCAGGGAUAUCAGGAAUUAUCACAUUCUUGAAUGAAUAUGGUAAGUAUUUACUAAAAAGAGAUAUGAAUACUCCAUUCUUGUAAAUAGGUCCAACAUUUCAAUAUUAUAAUAAAAAAGAUGCUUAUGAAGCCUUAUAAAAGGCAGGUUAAGCAAUUAAAGAGAGAGGUCUUCCUAAUAAGUUAGGGUUGCCAUUAAUUAUUGGAGUUAUGGGUUCAACAGGAUCAUGUGGAAAAGGCUCAUUAGAAGCUUUGUCACAACUUUAAAUUACUUUGGUCAAUCCAGAAGAUUUAAAAGAUUUAGUUAGCAAUCCAAAUGAUAGAAAACACAAAAAUACUAUAUAUGUUUGUCCUUUUAAAACUACACAUCUUGUUAGACAUAAACAUGAUUUGUAUAAAGAAUUCACAUCUUAAGAUUAUUAUGAAAAUCCACUAGAAUAUGAACCAAUUUUCCACUUUAAAUACUUACCAUAUCUAACUAUUCUCGUUAAUGAUAUUUAUUGGGNUUAUAAAAUAUUUCCUUUCAAUCAGAUGAAGCUGUAAUGGGUUAAUGUUAACAAAAAGCUGAGUUUGUAAAAUUUAGAAUUAUGA